UGAAAUAUACUCGCUUCGAGAGAGUGGCUCCCCCUCCAAAGCUUUUGAAAGGAGAGCUGCUCCGAUCGCCGGUUCUUUGUCAUUAUUCUUUCUGUGGUUGUUCAAGUGUGAACUACCCAGCUUAUCACCUUCAUAUCGAUAAAGAUAACGAAGAAAAUUUACAAUAAUCGCGGAUCAUACGGAUUGACGGAAUGGUGCAGUACAAGACCCUGGAAAACCAGGAAUCGGAUGCGGAGAAUGCCAAUUCAACCGCUAAGGAGCCCGAGGAGCCGCAACGGCCGCAAGCCGCCACCGCCAAUCACCACCAGGCGGCACAGAUGAUGAUUGUGACCAUGUUUUUGCUUCUGUUCCUUGGAUCCUCGUUCUUCCAGCCGCGUCCCCGACUUCAUCAGUAUCGUGGUGGUAGGGGACAUGGAUUGGGCCGUUACGAGCCCUGUGAUAUCCAACUGGUAGAGACCAUUCCCAUCGGACUCAACUAUUCUGCGAACAGUCCACGAUUCCUGAGUACUUACGAAGCCUGGCUGCAGUUGCUGGGAAACGCUAAAACUUCCCUUGAUAUUGCUUCCUUUUAUUGGACCCUGACAGCCGCUGACACGCCCGGGGAGACGGACAACAGCUCUUACCCUGGCGAAGACAUAUUUUCUAAGCUUUUGGCCAACCGUAAUGGAGGCAGCCAAACGCCAAAGCUCCAGAUUAGCAUAGCCCAGAGCGAUCCAUCCAGUGUGUCCGCUGAUUCAAAUACAAAAAUUCUCGCCAGCACUGGAGCCGCUAAGGUGGUGACCCUCUCCUUUCCAAAAUAUUUUGGUAGCGGUGUUCUCCACACUAAAUUAUGGAUCGUGGACGAUCAGCACUUUUAUUUGGGAAGCGCCAAUAUGGACUGGAGAGCCUUAACCCAGGUCAAGGAAAUGGGUGUGCUUGCCCAAAACUGUCCGGCAUUGACAGAAGACAUCAAAAAAAUCUUUAAAGCUUACUGGUACUUGGGUACCCACCAAGACGAGGGUAUACCCUCUUGGAAUUGGGGCUAUGAUACAAAAUAUAACAAGGAAACCCCCAUGUUGAUUUCUGUAAACAAGAACAGCAGUAUGGCGGGGUAUUUAGCUAGUUCCCCACCACCCCUUUCGGCCCGAGGUCGCACUAACGACCUGGAUGCCAUUCUGAACAUCAUCGACACGGCCAUAACCUAUAUAAACAUCGCUGUGAUGGACUACUAUCCUUUAAUUAUAUACGAGAAAAAACACCAGUACUGGCCGGUCAUAGAUGAUGCAUUACGUCGAGCGGCUGUGGAGCGAGGCAUCAUUGUCAAGCUACUAAUCUCAUGGUGGAAGCAUUCUAAUCCUAGCGAAGAUCGGUACCUCAAGUCUUUAUUGGAUAUUGCUUCUGAGAAGGACAACAUUAACAUACAAAUUCGACGUUUUAUUGUAAAUGGGACAGAAAACCAGGAAAACAUUCCCUUCGCCCGAGUCAAUCACAACAAGUACAUGGUAACAGAUCGUGUUGCCUAUAUUGGCACCUCCAAUUGGAGUGGCGACUACUUCACGGACACCGCAGGCAUUGGAUUUGUUAUAAGCGAACUUCAUGAAACGGAAAGUAGGAAAAACCUGAGGAGCGAUCUUUGCGAUGUGUUCGAGCGGGAUUGGAAUAGUCCCUAUGCCCACCCAUUUGAGUAAACAAACGUUUACAUCGUUAUUAAACUGUUGACCAACUUGCGAAUUUAUUAUUCAUAAAAUUGUCAAUUCCCACAAAUUGUAUAACUUUAUCCAUUGCUUUUAUUCAGUUUUGAUUAUGCGUUAAAUAAAAAAUUCGUUUUACGAUUGCAACAGAAAAUACAA